AUGUCAUCAGUUGAAAAAUAUAUACCAUUACCUCAAUCAGCAGGUUAUGGAGUUUUAAUGGGAUUUGGAGCAGUUUUUGCAAUUGGAAUGUGUUUGACUACAUUUAUGUUAAGAAGAUACAACAAAGAGAUCAUAACAUCAGAAGAAUUUGCAACAGCAGGUAGAUCGGUUAAAACUGGAUUAAUCUCAGCAGCAGUAGUAUCAUCAUGGACGUGGGCAGCCACGCUCUUGACAUCAACAACUCAGUGCUUCUUGAACGGAGUCUUUGGAGCGUUAUCAUACAGUCUUGGAGCAACGGUUCAAAUAACCUUGUUUUCAUGUAUUGCAAUCAAGGCUAAAUUACGCGCACCAGCCGCGCGUACUUAUUUGGAAAUUGUUAGAGCAAGAUAUGGUACAACAACUCAUAUUGUCUAUAUUUUUUGGGGUUUAUGUACAAAUAUAUUAGUAACAGCUAUGUUAUUAACUGGAGGAUCAGCUGCUGUUAAUGAUUUGACUGGUAUGCACCCAGUGGCAGCAUGUUUAUUGAUUGGAUUAUCACCAACUAUUUAUUCAAUUUUUGGUGGUUUAAAAGCUACCAUAUUAACUGAUUAUGCACACACAUUAAUUAUGCUAGUUAUUAUUUUAAUAUUUGCUUUCAGUACUUGGGCAACAAAUUCAAAAUUAGGUUCUCCUGGAGUUGUUUAUGAUAUUAUAAAAGAAUUAGGUAAAACUCAUCCGGUUGAAGGUAAUGCUGAAGGUUCUUAUUUAACAAUGCAUUCAAGAUCUGCAGGUAUUUUCUUUGUUAUUAAUAUUGUUGGUAAUUUUGGUACUGUGUUUUUAGAUAAUGGUUAUUUCAAUAAAGCAUUUGCAGCUAAUCCAGGUUCUGCUUAUAAAGGUUAUAUUUUAGGUUCAAUUGCUUGGUUUCAAGUUCCUUGUAUUACAAGUCUUACUAUGGGUUUUGCUGCUUUAGCUUUACAAUAUACUGAACAUUGGCCAAUGGGUAGAUCAUUAACAAAUGAUGAAGUUGCUGCUGGUUUAGUUUUACCAACUGCUAGUGUUGCAUUAAUGGGACAAGCUGGUGGAGUUUUAAGUUUAAUUAUGAUUUAUAUGGCUGUUACUUCAGCAAUGUCAUCUGAAUUAAUUGCUGUAUCAACUAUUUUCACUUAUGAUGUUUAUAGAACUUAUUUCAAUCCAAAAGCUGAUGGUAAAAAAUUAAUUUGGAUCUCACAUGUUGGUUGUGGUGUAUUUGCUUAUGUUAUGGCUGGUUUUGCAAUUGGACUUUAUUAUGCAAAUGUUUCAAUGGGAUUUUUAUAUGAAUUAAUGGGUAUAAUAAUUGGUGGUGCUGUUUUUAGUUUAGCAAUGACUAUUUUAAGUGCAAAACAAAAUUGGGCUGCUGCUACUUUUACUCCUCCAAUUGCUACUGCAUUAGCUAUUAUGACUUGGUUAGUUGUUUGUAAAACUAAAUUUGGUUCUAUUACUUAUGAUAAUUUAUUCAAAGAUGAAGCUAUGUUAUCUGGUAAUGUUGUUGCAUUGUUAUUUCCAUUAAUAACAGUUCCUUUAUUUACAAUAAUUUUUAAACCACAAAAUUUUGAUUGGAAAAUUUUAAAUUAUAAAAUUACAAGAGUUAGUGAAGAAGAAGAAUUAUUAGAAGCUACAAAAUCAGAAAAUUAUAAUGAUGAUGAAAAAUUAAAUCCUGUUAAAUCUCAAAUUUCAAUGAUUGCAAGUGAAUUAGCUGAAAUGGAAAGACCACAAUAUACUGAAGAACAAACAAUUUUAAGAAAAGCAUUUAAAAGAUGUUCAAUUUUUUGUCUUUCUAUGACUUUAAUUUUAUUAGUUAUAUGGCCAAUGCCAAUGUAUGGAAGUAAAUAUAUUUUCAGCAAGAAAUUUUUUACAGGUUGGAUCUCAGUAUUUAUGAUUUGGAUAUUUUAUACAUGUUUUCAAGUUAUUGUAUUUCCAGUAUGGGAAAGCAGAGGAAGUAUUGCAAGUACUGCAAGAGGUGUUUAUUGGGAUUUAACUGGUCAAACUUAUAAAUUAAGAGCUUGGCAAGAAAGUCAUCCAGAUAAAUUGCAUGCUGUUAGAUCUCAAAUUCGUGCUCAAUUAUCAAAUCCUCAAGUUGUUGAUGGUAAAUCUGUUGAAACUGAAUAUCCAAAUAUUGAUGAUGAAUUGGAAAAGAAAUAA